AUCCAGCAGUGCUUCCCUCCGGCACAAGGCCCAAGGAAGAGCGGACCUCGAAGCCAAAGAGGCGGCGCACACACGAGCACUCCAUGGUGAACACGUCGCAAGCCUCCUCACCAAGCAGGCGGCGCCGAAGCCACCGUCGCCGAGGCUCCCGCACCGUGUCGGGCUUUGAGGGCGACGCCCGGACGUCGGCUGGGGCGACCGCAGCGGAGUCCCGCAACAAGACCGCGGCGAUGGCCACCAGAGCCACUACGCGUGCCACGACGGCAAGGAGGGCAACCUCGUCGUCGUCUUCGUCCUCCUCGUCGGAGACUGCACACGUGAUCCAGAUGAUGAAGACGCAGAACCUUCCCAAGCCGCCGCCCGAUAACUGGCACUCGGCGGUGCGGCUCACCGCGGCCGUGAUCCUCUCGGGCACCAUAUUCUCGCUCGUCAUGGUGGUCGCCUACAUCGUCCAGACGACCGGGCUCCUCUCCUGGGAUAGCAUUAACACCAAUGAGGGCACACAUCCUAAUGGGCCCGAGAAAGGAGUAACCGUGGCGGUGGCUUUCCACACGAACGACACCGCUCUCCCAUUCUCCGGAGCCAACGACAGUUUUGUGAAGCCCGAGGGCCAUCUGAACUAUGACCAAGGGGAAGGAGACAUGCCGACGCUCCUGUGACAAGCCGGAGUCGACCUGGCGACAUAGCGUGUUCACGAACUCUAUAUUUAUAGUCGAUAUUUCUGCCAGGCGAUAGGCGAAUUCGCAGUGCGUUAACCCAUCGAAACUGCCGCAGGAAAGUCGUUGAAUGUGCUCCAUGAAUUGUCUUACAGGUGGAAAGAAAACUGAAAAAGUGGACGUACCGUUAAGCGCAGUUUCUGAAGUUGUCUCCUGCAUUUUGAUAUCCACAGACAACCUGUGGCAAUUACGUAUAUUUUAAUG